AUGGCCUAUCCAGCCCCCAAACCUAAGAAACCAGAACUUCCCCAGCACCUCCAGCGCAAACUGUCCUGCAACCAGGGAGCUGUCAGAGCAGUGCGGUUCAAUGUGGAUGGGAAUUACUGUGUGACAUGUGGUAGUGACAAGUCCUUGAAGCUGUGGAAUCCACAUAAGGGAACCAUGCUGAAAACCUACAGCGGUCAUGGGUAUGAAGUGCUGGAUGCAGCAGGGUCAUGUGACAAUAGUCAGCUGUGCUCAUGCAGUUCAGACAAAACCGUGAUCCUCUGGGACGUGGCACAAGGUCUUGUGGUCAGGAAGUUUCGUGGACACGCAGGGAAGGUAAACUGUGUGCAAUUCAAUGAGGAAUCUACAGUGAUCAUAUCAGGCUCCAUAGACUCUUCUAUUAGAUGCUGGGAUUGUCGCUCUCGCAAGCCAGAGGCCAUUCAGAUAUUGGAUGACGCCAAAGAUGGAAUAUCCAGUGUCAAAGUGUCUGAUCAUGAGAUUCUUGUAGGAUCUGUAGAUGGACACCUGCGUCGUUACGACCUUCGGAAAGGAGAGAUGUGUGCGGAUUAUGUUGGCAGUCCCAUUACAUGUGUGAGUUUCAGCCAGGAUUCACAGUGCCUAUUGUUCAUCCCUAGACUCCACACUCCGCCUCCUCGAUAAGGACUCAGGAGAACUAUUAGGAGAGUACACAGGACACCAGAACAAGAGCUGCAAGCUGGACAGCUGCCUGAGUGAGAAGGACACGCAUGUGGUCAGCUGCUCUGAGGAUGGGACUGUCUGUUUCUGGGACUUAGUCGAGCAAAAUCCAGGGUCUGCAGAGAGCUUCCAAAGCAUCAGA